CUGGGCUUCGAUGACACGGAGAAUCUCAACGAACGUGUUCCACAUUACCAGGGCCAAGGCACACCUAAAGGUUAUCGUCUGUUGACAAAUGUCACCUGGUUGCACGACAAAGGAGUCGAGGUGAGUAUCAGCGAAAAUCGUAGACCCUUAUGCCUAUGGAGUAUUCACGGCAAAGUCUACGAUGGAAAGAAGUGGAAGAAGAUACCGUCCAACCUUGACGUCCUCAUCACCCACACACCUGCUUUGGGCUAUCUGGACACCUACACUGAAUGGCGACCAGAACGAUGGGGUUGUCGCCAUCUUCUCAGGGAAAUCGAAACAAGAGUGAAACCCAAGUUCCAUGUGUUUGGCCACGUUCACCAAGGAUUUGGAGCAUUAUCAAGUGGGAAUACGACAUUCAUCAAUGCGGCACAGGCAUCCAAAACCUAUGAAAUUAGCAACAAGCCUCUG